GAUAACUUAAAUAAGGAUGAUCACAAAUACCAGGCCUGCAACAACAGCGAUGUAAGGUCAUUCAGCCAAGUUUUCCUCCCCACACUCUACAGCAUGGUCUUCUUUGUGGGAUUCAUUGGCAACGGCUUGGUGGUGUGUGUCCUGGUCAGGUACCACAAAAUAUCCAACAUGUCAGACCUGUGCAUCUUAAACCUCGCUCUUUCAGACCUCCUCUUCCUGAGCUCAUUGCCUUUCUGGGCUCACUAUGCCGCCAUAUCUGAGUGGACCUUUGGAAACUUCACUUGCCAAGCAGUGACUGCGCUCUACAUGCUGGGAUUCUAUGGAAGUAUCUUUUUUAUGAUUCUCAUGACUGUGGACCGCUAUGCUGUCAUCGUCCACACCUAUACCUGUCUCUCCUUUAGGCACCGAUCUGUCAGAGCUAGUAUAGCCCUGUUUUUUUUUAUAUGGGCACUCAGCUUGGGAGCUUCUGUACCAACCAUCAUUUCAUCCAAAGUAAAGAAUAACUCAAUGAAUGCAUCUAUCUGCACUAAGGAGUAUCCAGAAGGGACACCGUGGAAACCAUUCUUUUACAUUGAGCUAAACAUCUUUGGCUUUAUUAUUCCCCUCUCAGUGAUGGUGUUCUGCUACUCCCGUAUUAUCCCAGUCUUAUUGAGCAUAAAAUCUCAGAAGAAAUAUAGAGUUGUCAGACUCAUGUUGGUCUUGGUUAUUGUUUUCUUCCUUUUCUGGACGCCCUACAACAUUGUCAUCUUCCUGAAGUUCCUGCAACUCUUGGGGUACAUGCAAAGCUGUGAGUGGUAUCAAGACCUGAGCAUGGCUAUGAAUUGGGUGGAAACCAUAGCCUUUAGUCACUGCUGCCUCAACCCCAUCAUUUAUGCCUUUGUGGGGCAGAGAUUUAGGAAAUUAUUUCGUAAGAUCCUGGGUGAGUGGUUUCCUACUUGCUGUGGUCAUUGCACAAAUUUUGUCAGUAAGGUUUCAGAGAGGAGGACCACUAUGUCCUCAUGCAUCUGAGUAAUUUUCACUACAAAACUUGGAUAGCCAAAUAUGCAGCAUUUGAAAAGAGGAUGAAUUAAGCAUGUAUUUAUGUGUGUGUUUGUGUGUAUGUACAUGUAUGUGUGUGUACACUGCGAUGGAUUGGCAUCCUGUCCAGGGUGUACCUCGUAUUGUGCCUAAGCCGUAUAGAAAAUGAAUGAAUGGAUAAAUUUAUUAGUUCUUAAAUUUUUAUUUUUAAUUUUUUUUAACCUACUUUAUUAGAUAUU